CACUAGUGGAAAUGGAUUGUUUUACUAAAUUUGGGCUUCUGCUGGUGUUCCAGCAGGCAUCAUAUAGGCUGGUUCUUUUUAGAUUAUACGAACUGAUUGCAGCUUGUAGAAGCUGCAUCUAAGGAUGUUGAUAAAUUUUUGGCUGAUAUUGAAUGACUCUUACAAUGAAAAGUGGAUUCUUGUCAACAUCUUACUUUUCAAGCUACAGUUUAGCACUAAACAACAUAGUCAAGCUAGUGAACGACAUUGUGUUGAUAGAGUAGGCACCUUUAUUUGGAGGUUAUUAGAAGUUCAUUGACAAACCAUUGUCACUUGAAACAAAUAAAAAAAUGGAAAGGUAUAAAAUUUUGGAAGAAAUUGGAGAUGGUACUUGUGGAAGUGUAUAUAAGGCUUUUAAUGUCGAAACUUAUGAAAUUGUUGCUGUCAAGAGAAUGAAGAGGAAGUUUUAUUUUUGGGAAGAAUGCAUGAAUUUACGAGAAGUUAAGGCCCUUCGGACAUUGAAUCAUCCCAAUAUUAUAAAGUUGAAGGAGGUUGUCAGGGAAAACAAUGAACUAUUCUUCAUUUUUGAAUACAUGGAGCAUAAUCUUUACCAUCUCAUGAGAGAACGUCAAAGACCAUUUUCAGAUGGAGAAAUAAGGAACUUUAUGUCUCAGAUGCUAGAAGGACUUUCUCAUAUGCAUAGAAAUGGUUAUUUUCAUCGUGAUUUAAAACCUGAGAACUUGCUGGUAACAAAUGACGUACUCAAAAUUGCUGACUUUGGGCUAGCUAGAGAAUUGAUGUCUAUGCCUCCAUAUACUGAAUAUGUUUCCACACGCUGGUAUCGAGCUCCUGAAGUUUUAUUGCAGUCCUUAUCAUACACUCCUGCAAUAGAUAUGUGGGCUGUUGGUGCAAUAUUGGCUGAACUUUUCACUCUUUCUCCAAUUUUCCCUGGUGAAAGUGAAACUGAUCAGUUGUACAAGAUAUGCUGUGUUCUUGGUGCUCCAGAUUGGUCUGCAUUUCCUGAGGCAACCAAUAUCUCUCGAUUAAUCAGUAUUAGUUACUCUGAGAUUUUGCCUCUCAACCUUUCUGAUAUCAUUCCUAAUGCUAGCUUGGAAGCCAUUGAUUUAAUCCAGCAACUUUGUUCAUGGGAUCCAUUAAGGAGGCCAACUGCAGAUCAAGCAUUGCAGCAUCCAUUUUUUAAUGUGGAUACAUGGGUUCCUUACCCUCUCCAUGAUCCACUUGAGCUGAGGCUAAAUAACAUGGGAGCUACACCAAAUUUGGAGCUGAAUCUUUGGGACUUUGGCUCAGAACCUGAUGACUGUUUCCUGGGCUUAACAUUGGCAGUGAAGCCCACCGUUUCCAAUUUCAAAAUGGUUCAUAACGUUUCUCAAGGCAUGGGAAAGGAUAUACUGUUUUGCUCUGAUCUUAAAGAUCAUUCAGAUCAGUCAGUUUUCUGGUCGCUACUUUCACCUGGUCAAAAUGGGAUUCAUACACCAGUUGAAUCUUCAUUGUCUCUGUCAUUCAGUUCAAUUCAACACCCAUCAAUCGGAGCUCCGCAAUCGGAUGGGUUAACAUUUACAUCAUUACAGCCUAAUAUCCUAGAUUGUCAAUUCUUGGCUGUGUCUUCCUGCCCCCUGCAACAAGGACAUUGCCUUCGACCGUGAUGAUUGAAAUGAUCUAUUAAGAACUUGUCGAAAAUAUGUUGUAAUUUAUUUUAUUUGUUAUUUGUAAAGCUUCAUUUAGCACUGUCAUAGUAUAUAUUGUUGGCUCCCUGUCCGAGCAUUUGUUUAGGUAAACACAAAUACUGGAUAAAAAAACUUCUGAAAAGGAAAAAAAAAUAUUUGCCUUUUCUUGAUCAAA